AAGCAUAGUUGGCCGCCAUAAAGGAAAUAAUAAUAAUCUACAUAAAAUAUUUAUUUUAGAAUAUCCACAUAAAUAGAUAUAAAUCGUAAUAAACGCAUCAACAACUGAAUCACAAAAUGAAAAAACGCGAGACAACUCGUCAAAAUGUAAAUGACGCGAGAGAAAUUAUGCCAAGAAGACCAAUGGAAUUUAAAUCCUGUAUAGAAUUGAAAGGGGAAGAUUCAAACCGAACGCCUUUUCAACUACAAGUAUCACCGCUUGAUUUUGCAAAAUACAUCCCGUUUCUCGCUAAACAGCUGAUGUUACCUUACAAGGUUUUUGUAAAGGAGACAGAAACAGAAACUUUUUUAAAAUCUAAACUGCAUAAGAGUAAAUCGGCCAUUCAUAAAACUUCGCCAAAACUACUUGCACCUACUAUGAGUAUGUCUGUUAGCACCAGUAUACAAGAAAUCACUGCGCCCGAAAACUUUUGUCUUGAAGCCAGAUAUUGCUCACACCAACUCAACCAGAUCCAUUAUUAUGGAAGGAAGCCAUUACCAAGACAGGUUUUCAAAAUGAUCGCCUCCAUCAUCCAAUUUUAUCCCACUUUAACAAACAUCACUAUUGCCAAUGGAUUGGAUGUGUAUGGUAUUUACGAAAUCUCUAAAAUCCUAGUCAUGUCUCAAAUCACCGAAGUUUGUUUCGAGCGUUUAAAUAUCAAAAAUGCUCACUACCAAUUACUGCUAACAGAAGCGAGCAACUUAAACUACCUAUCGUUAUCAAAAUGUUCAAUAAAUGAUGAGAUUAUUGAAAAUAUAAUGUUACAACUAAAACACUCUUUGCCAGCGAGUAAGACGUUGCUAGCUUUAAAUCUUUCUUGUAACUUCAUUACUGACAAUGGUGCCCAGUUUAUUGGCGAAGCCUUACGAUCCAACAGAUGUCUACAAUAUCUGAACUUGGCAAGUAAUAUGAUAACAGAUGACGGAGCAGCAUUUAUAUUUUCGAGUCUGUUGAAGUUUCCUUUGACGGGCAAGGAAAUAGAUUUAAGAGACAAAACAUUCAUUCAGUAUUCCAUACAAAAAGUGAAAUUAAUGACGCUUUUCAUCGACCAAUCGAUCUCUCAACCAAAAAAGGCUGAAUUGAAAAUAGAAAAGAAAGCAGGUAAGAAAUCUAAUAAUACAAAAACCAUUGUGGAUGAUACUGUCGGUCUACCGGAGCAUCAGAAAGCUAGAGCAUUUGCUGAAAGCAUCCUUGGUCAUUUCCUGCAUCCAUAUGAUAAAACUAACAUUGUUCGAGAGUGCGGAAUAGAAUAUUGUACGGGCAACAAUACCCUUUGUUAUUUGAACAUGGCCUACAAUGAUCUCACGAUAGUUGCUAUUCGCAAAUUGCUUCAUAUCCUGACUUAUCAAAAGAUACCUGAAAGAUCGCCAAGAGGACUGACGCAAGUUAUUAUCGAAGGCAACCCUUUGCCGGCUAAUUGUAGUGAGCUGCGUGAUUUGAACUACUUUCUAGACUCUUUUCUCAACCUCAGCCAAAAGGGUCGCAUCAUCAGAAAGUCGAGAACUGCCAAAACCCUCAGCCAAAUACAUAAAACUUAGUAACCCCAUUUUUUAAAUUUUGCUUAGAUAUUUAGAUAGUGUCUAGUUUAUUAGUUUAGAUUUAGCUGAGUAUUUAGAAAAGGAUUUAGGAUUUUUUUUAAUGUCAUGGUUUAAAAUAAUUUGAAUUAAUAUUAGAUUAAAUAUUUGUAAGUUUUCUCCUUAUUAC